CAAAUAUUUUAUUAAUGUUCCACAAUCAGCUACGAAAGUAAUCUUUUAGAUUCAGCAACAUUGCUUAAAAUUACAUUAAUGGAGUCUGGAAAGCAUCUAACGGAGGAAUAGCUUUGGAAAGGAGAUCUCCUCUGACCGAUGAAGUUGUUGGAAUUACUAAAUAGACAACUUAAGCUGAAUUCAAUGAGGCAGUAGAUGCAGCUAAAACAGCAUUUAAAACAUGGUCUUAAGUGCCAUUACCAACCAGACAAAGAUACAUGUUUGAGUAUCAAGCUAGGAUCAGAUCUAAAAUAGAUGAUAUUGCUAAUAUAAUAGUAGAGGAGCACGGAAAAACAUUGGCAGAUGCAAAAGGUGAUGUCAUCAGAGGAUUGGAAGUUGUAGAAGCUGCUUGUGGAAUUACACAUGUCAUGUAGGGAGAAACAGUGGAGAAUUUGGCUAAAGGUGUUGACACCUAUAGUUACAGAGUGCCUUUGGGUGUCUGUGCAGGAGUCUGUCCUUUUAAUUUCCCCGCAAUGAUUCCAUUAUGGAUGUUCCCCAUUGCAAUUGUCACAGGAAAUACCUAUGUGUUGAAACCAAGUGAGAGAGUACCAGGAGCAGUCACUUAUUUGACUAAAUUACUUGAGGAAUCUGGAGUUCCUAAAGGAGUUGUCAAUGUUGUACAAGGAGGUUUUGAAACAACUAAACACAUCUGUGAACACCCUGAUAUCAAGGCUGUAUCAUUUGUGGGUGGAAACAAAGCUGGUGAUUAUAUCUAUGAAAAUGCAUCAAAAACAUUUAAGAGAUGUCAAAUCAAUAUGGGAGCCAAGAAUCACGGUGUCAUUAUGCCAGAUGCUGAUAAGGAGGAUUGUUUGAAUGCUUUGGCUUCAGCAGCCUUUGGCUCAACUGGUUAAAGGUGCAUGGCCUUGAGUGUGGCUAUUUUUGUAGGAAAGAGCAGGGAAUGGAUUCCUGAUCUAAUUGCUAAAGCUAAAUCUUUCAAGGUUGGACCUGGACAUGAAAAUAUUGAUAUCGCCCCUGUCUCAUAUAAAGAAUUAUAUGAGAGAAUUCAUUAUUUAGUUGGUACAGCUGAAAAGGAAGGAGGUAAAUUGAUUUUGGAUGGAAGAUCCUUUAAACAUCCAAAAUAUCCAAAGGGCUAUUUUGUUGGUCCAACCAUUAUUGAUAAUAUGAACACAAAUAAUACAUCCUACAAAGAAGAAGUAUUUGGACCAGUCCUUAAUAUAUUGUAUGCAGAUACCCUUGAUCAAGCCUUAGAGAUUAUUAAUAAUAAUCCUUGGGGAAAUGGAACAGCCAUCUUCACAUAAAAUGGAUCAAUCGCUAGAAAAUUCUAAAAUGAAGUUAAUGCAGGACAAAUUGGAAUCAACCUCCCUAUCCCAGUUCCUUUGCCUAUGUUUUCAUUCACUGGAAAUAAGAGAUCUUUUAACGGUGAUGCCAAUUUCUAUGGCAAAGCCGGUAUUAGAUUUUUCACUUAAAUGAAAACAAUCACUUCUAGAUGGAAAGAACCAUCAGACAGCUAUACAUUAAGCACAGCCAUGCCUACAAUGAAAUGAAAUAUAAGAGUAUUAAAUUAUAACAAAUAAUCAUAUAUAAUAUUGUAUAA